AUGGAUAAUGCCGAGGGUAUAAUUACAGAAAUCUUCAAAAAUGAAAUACAAGUCAAACGAAUUAAAAAAGAAAUUCAAUCUUUGGCAUAAUUGAAAAAUGAAGAUUUUAAAAUAACACUAAAAACAUUAAGUCCUAAUUUAUAAAUAAUUGUUGAGAUGCCUCCAAUUCAUUAAUUAAAUUCAAAAAAACCCAUCAUUUUUGCAUUAUACUUAGAUAGUAGAUUUCCAUUUGUUUUUCCAAAAGUUCAUAUAUUAAGCUAAGUUACUAAACCAACCUUGUCUGAUGGUCGAGAUUAUCUAGAAAACAUUAUUUCUGGGCCAUGGAGUCCUUCAAUAUUGCUUUAUGAAAUUGUUAAAAUGUUCCCACCAUUUCUAGAAGCAAUUAUUAAUAAUCGAAAUAAUAAAGAUUAUCUGCUACAAUUAGGAAAAUAUUAAGAGAAUUCAGAAUUUGAUUUAAAUAUUGGUUUAGAGAAUGUCGAAUAUUUGCAAUGUAAAUAAAUAAUAAAUGGGAAAUAAUUCCCAAGAACUAUCUUGAUUAGUGAUAGUCAUUUACUAAACCUUGAAUACCAAAACAAAGAAUCCAUUUUGUUAAAUUAUUAUAGCAUAGCAAACUUGUAGAAAAUUGAGAGAGUUUAAAAAAACUUAUUAUUAAAUUGGCAAAUGAACGAUGGUAGCUUAAUUGUCUAAACAUUGACUUCUGCAAACUUAGAUUAACUUUAAAACACAAUUACUUCAUAUAAAUUAGGCUAAAACGUAAAAAAAUUUAAUUAAGAUGAUGUUACGUUAUAAAAAUUUGAGACCAUUUAAAUUAAUGACCUUUUGCAAUAAAUGAGUUUAAAUGAAAUAGAGCUAUCUAAGAAUCUCAAUAAAAACUCUUUAAACAAUCUAAUGAGUUCAUAUUAAUAAGCUAUUGAGUAUUAUUCAGCAUUUUCAGAUGAAGAUUAUAAAUAAUAUGUCACUCGUCUUUAAACCCUGCUUGGUAGAGAAGAUGUACAAACCAUCUUGGCUAGUUCUGCUAAAUGA